CCAGGCCUGAGUGGGUGGAUUCCCUGGAGAUCUGCAGGAGGGGAAGGAAGUCGGAGCUGCUGGCUUUCUUGCUCCGUCCCUCUCUCCCUCCCUGGGGGAGGCCAGGAGGGGUGCCCCCCUCUCCGACCCCUUUGGGUGGCUGGGAAGCCAAGCUCUGGGCAAGCAGCCCGAUUGUGUUGUUUUUCUGCCUCCCCAGAAGCUCAGGACUCCCCCCCCCCCCUUAGGACACAGGCAGUUUUUGCAGAGCCAUGGCUGAACAGCGAGGCUCCUGGGGCGGAGGCCUGACCUGGCUGCAGAAGAUCGCCCUGGGCCUGGGCAUCCCAGCCAGCGCUGCCAUCCUCUACGUCUUGUACCGCCAGUACUGGGAGGACCAAGAAGAGCGGAUCCCCUUCGUGGGAGAGGAGGAGAUCGAAUUUGUGUUGAAGGUGCCCCAGGAAGCUGUGAAGUUCCUCCUGGGGCGGCAGGGGGCCAGGGUGAACCAGCUGCGGAAGGACACCCACGCCCGCAUCAACAUCGACCUGGAGGAUUCCGGCGCGGAGCGGCUGAUCCGGAUCACGGGCUCCCCCAUCCAGGUGUGCAGGGCCAAAGCCGCCAUCCACCAGAUCAUGGAGGAGAGCCUGCCUGUGGCGGAGAAGAUCUCCGUGCCGAAUCGGGCCGUCGGGCGCAUCAUCGGGAAGGGUGGCGAGAGCGUGCGGGCCAUAUGCCGGGCCACGGGGGCCAAGAUCGAGUGCAACCGCGACGGGGAGGGCGCCCUGUCGCUCACCCGCCUCAUCACCCUCUCUGGGACGCGCAAGGAGGUCCAGGCCGCCAAGCAGGAACUGAUCCGAGAAAAGCUGUCGGAGGACGAAGCUUUCCGCACCAAGCUGUCACAAGCGGCCAUGUCCCGUUUGCAGCGGAAACAGCCGCUGGGCAUCCGGAGGGAGAUGGCGGCUGGCGACCAGGGACAGCGGCCUUACGCGCACCCAGAACCUCCCGUUCGAACACCGGAUGCUGAGUACCUCCACCAAGAGGCUGGCGACGGGCCCCCCAAUUAUCGCGCAGGAGAUCCCCAAGAAUCAAGUGGAACAGGGUCCUCAAUCAACCCCUGGCCUGCGCUGAGCUCCGUCUUUGAAGUGCCCAGCCCGGAUUUCAGCCUCCAGGCCAAGGAUCACCUGGAGGUCUACAUCUCGGCCUCGGAGAGCCCCAGCCAUUUCUGGAUCCAAAUUAUCGGCAUCAAGGCUCUCCAUCUUGACAAACUCGUCCAGGAGAUGACCAAAUAUUACGGCGGCAGCGACGGCGACGAGCUGGAAAGCGUGCAGGUGGGGGACAUCGUGGCGGCCUACUAUCUGGAAGACCAUUCCUGGUAUCGGGCCAAGGUUCUGGGGACCUUGGACAACGGCAACCUGGACAUUUAUUACGUAGACUUUGGGGACAACGGGGAGGUGCCUCUGGAGAAGCUGCGGCUGUUGCGGGGUGAUUUCCUUGGCCUUCCCUUCCAGGCCAUUGAGUGCAGCCUGGCCGGUGUGGCCCCCGCUGGCCCGUGUUGGGAAGAGGCCGCCCUGGAUGAGUUUGAACGCCUCAUCCACUGCGCCCAGUGGAAGUCGGUGUUUUGCAAGAUCUGCACCUACCAGCCCGUGGGGAGCAGCGUGCGGCCAUACGUCCGUCUGUUCAAACCCACCAACGGGCAGUUUGUCGACGUGGGAGAGGAACUGAUCCGGUUGGGCUACGCCGUGCGGAAGUUGUCGGACGGGGACGGGGAAGCCUCAAAGGAUCUGCCCGGAAACCUGGCCAACUUUGCAGGGACGUCGUUAGAGAAUCUGUCAGAAAUGGCCUCCCUGUCGCAAGGGGAGGAGAACAGGGUGAUGCUAUGAGCCUUGGAGGUCCCAGGAAGAUCUUGGAGGGGCCACAGGAAGAUCCCACCCGCCGGAGGAACCUUGGAAUCCUGUAGGGGACACGCAGCCCCCCAGCAAUCCCCCAGCACCCCUAAAAGGGACUUUUACUAGCACCGUCUGGCUGCACUGGGGUAGCUUUUGAAUGGCAAGCUAAAUUUUGACAGAAUUUCAGCCGUUUGUAUCGCCAUUUUUCUGGGAAGCUGCACAGAAGACGAAGAGGGUGUGUGUGUGGCUGUUUCUGCCCCCAAACCUGAGUUUAUGUUCACGUUGGGCUCUUAAGACCCUGGAUCCAACCCUGGUUUCUUACCCUGAACCCUUUUUGUGGUCCCCACUGGAAAAGUUGGGGCAGCCUGUGUUUCUUUGGAAUGAGUCACAAUGCCUGGCACACACCGUGCAUUGUUGGUCCAAAACUGUGUGUGUUGGGGGGAAAUGGGAGUCUAAAAGGACAGCGACAAUACGGGGACGAAGGGGUACUUUGUUUUGCAAGAAUUAAGUUUGGUUUGGAAAGCCAUCCAGAGUGUUAAAACUCAAAAGGCAGCGACGAAGAUGGGCUGCAGUGACUUUUCAGCGGAGAUGUCUCGGUUCAUAUUUUUGUCUGAAAUAAAGGCUGGUAUUUAGCA